CCACCUGUUGGAGCUCAAUUCUUUCAAUAUCAGCCGGAGAUGCUGCACGCAUAUAUACCUUUUGUUCAACCACCUGGACCAUUCUUCUUGCCAGAUCAGCCGCCGAUGCCGCUGAUGCCGCCACUGGCCAAGGACAAGUUCCCGCGGCCAAUGUUGCAGGCGAUGCUCGACGAGGAGCACCAUGGGUUACCGGUGUUUCGCAGCAUGAGGACCUUGGUCCUUGAGGAUUCCGAGAUUGGCGGCGAUGCUCAGACGCUCUGCCGUUUUCUGCAUAAUGCUCCAGCCCUAGAGAAGCUCACUCUAAAGAACUGUCAGUGCCAUGAGUUCCCAAACAGUUCAAUGGUGGAGCUACCUCGGACCAUAUCCCUCACCCCCAACCUAAAAUCGGUGGAAAUCAUCGAGGGCGACAAAGAUGGGAGCAUAGACGCGGAGCAAACAAACGAGGUCUUGACGUCCAUGAUGUUAGGUAAUCUGCCGGCGACUACCAUGAUCCAAGUCACCAAAUUAGGAGGAAGGAAUUAGGUUUGGUUUGUACCCUUUUCAUUUCAGUUGCUUGUGAGAUGCUUUAUUCUUGGAUUAAGCUGUACAAAUUUCUAUUA